UCACGUCGUGCAUUUCCUACAGCAUCGCCGCAAGCCAGCCGACACACACACUUUAUCGUGACGUAAAACAAACCGUUGUUUUUUAAUCCUUUAACUUUAAAAAAAAGUCUUUGUUUAUAGUCAAAAUAUUUUACACGCAAUAAUUAAUUAAUAAUUACACAAGUCGUCGCCGUUAUUAGCCAAAUAAACGCCACAACGGCUAUCUCAUAAUUUACUCUUUUUAAUUGUAUUUUUUAAAAUUCAUAUUAUGCCGACUUUCUACGACGUUCGCGAGCGGAAAUGGGAUUACAAACGUUGCACCAGCCGCUUUUAUUUUGUAGGUGAGAACCGGAAGUCGAUGUCCCCCACGCGCUAGACCUCCGUCUGACGCAAUGUGACGCAGUUACGUCACGUCGUGCAUUUCCUACAGCAUCGCCGCGAGCCAGCCGACACACACACUUUAUCGUGACGUAAAACAAACUGUUGUUUUUUAAUCGUUUAACUUUGUGGCGUGUUUUUUUUUUUUUUUUUUUUAAAUAUACAAGUCAAAACAUUUUUACACGUAAUAAUUAAUUAAUAAAUACACAAGCCGUCGCCGUUGUCAGCCAUAGAAACGCCACACCGGGCGACGUCGCUACGCGUGUUUUUUUAAGAGGAGAUCGCGGAGGAGAGAUGACCGCGCCGCUCGGGAGGAGCGGCUUGAUCGGGCUCGCGGUCGGAGCCACGGCCGGUUGCGGCUUGAUCGCCCUCAUUAUUUACCGGGAGAUCAGCAGGAGGAGGUCCCGGUGCCUGGCCCUGGAGGCCCGGCGGCCGGCUGCGGAGCAAGCGGCGGUGCUGACGCUGGAUGCUCAAGAGGUGGAGGCCCAGCAGGAGGCCCUGGCAGCGGUGGAGGCAGUGGUGCAGGGCCUGUCCCCAGAGCAGCAGCUGGAGCUCAGGAACCAGCUGGACCAGGUGCUGACCUGCGUGGCCUCGCUGCGCUGCGAGGUGGCCGAGCUGAGGGGCGGCCUGCAGGACAUCGCCGUGCAGAUAAUCCAGGAUGUCAAAAAGGGAGUGGAGGACAGUCAGCGGGUGCGUCGGCGCCGCCCCGCCGCCCACAGGGAGCGCACCGACUCCACCGGCUCCAGCUCCAUCUACUUCACCGCCAGCCAGGGCGCGGCCAGCGCGUACGAGACCAGCGAAGGAGGGUACUCGACGGCUUACGCGGAGUCGGACUACACCGACCGCGACACGGACCGAGAGGAAGGUGAGCGGGAGCCCGAACAGGAGUCUGAGGAAGAGGAGGAGGACAUGAGCUGCGCCACGGUCCUCACCCUGCGCGAGGAAGAAGUGGAGGAGCGAGGGCUGCUGGAGGAGGAUGAGGAGAACGAGGAGGAGGAAGAGGAGGAGGAGAUGGGGAGGCUGCAGCUGGUGACGGACGUCCCCAGCGGGGAGCUGGCGCUCCUCCUGGCUCAGAGCGACGUCCUCCACACCGGAGACGCGCGUUUAAAGGCGGACGGCUUCCGCCUGCUGCUGGACAACAGAGCCGAGUACGGAGGCAGCAGGGAUUUCCUCUGGCGACUGGCCCGGGCUUACAGUGACAUGUACGAGUGCACUGAGGACAAAGAAGAGAAGAAGAGCUACGCACAACAAGGGCGAGAGGAGGCGGAGUCAGCCCUGAAGAAGAACGGCCUCAACGCAGAGUGUCACAAAUGGUUCGCGCUGCUGACGGGCCUGACCUCCAAACACGAGAGCAUGCACGGAAAACUGAAGGGCAGCCACAUCGUGAAGGAGCAUCUGGACCGAGCGAUCGCGCUCAGAGACGACGACCCCAUGUGCUUCUACUUGCUCGGCAGAUGGUGCCACGAGGUAGCCACGUUGGACUGGCUGGAGAAGAAGGCGGCCGCUGCCCUGUACCGGGACCCCCCCACCUCCACACUGCACGACGCCCUGGAGAACUUCCUCAAGGCAGAGGAACUGGGCCCAGGUUUCUCCAGGACGGUGAGGCUUAACAUCGCCCAGUGUCACAAGGAGAUGGGAAACAUCUCCGAGGCCACAAACUGGACCGAGCUGGCUCUGAAGACGCCCACAAACUCUGAUGACGAUAAAAUGUCUAAACUGGAGGCUCACCUUCUGAAAACCUGAGAGAGAUCCAGCAGGUGGCGCCGCUCAGCCGAUGGCCGCCGAUUGGCUAGUCAGGCCGCCGAUCGGCGGCCAUCCAAUCAGAUCAAAUUUUUCUUUCCCCCAUUCAUUGGCGGAUACUUCUAACACUGUCACUGUGAAAUAUGGAGUUUUUAAAUCGAUGUAUAUUUAUUUUUCUUUAAUAAUUGAGAAAAUACCGAUAGAUAUAUAUAUAUAUAUAUAUAUAUAUAUAUAGUGAUGUUUUAUGGUAUCGUUAUUGUUUUCUAACCAUUUGUUUGAAAAAUAAAUUACUUUAUUGAUGUAGAUGUAGUGAUACAAGUAUUUUGAUCUGAAUAUAUAGUAAAUUAUCUAUUUAAGUGAUUUCAGUUGGAGCUUAAUUUAAUUUAAUUUAAUAUAAUAUAAUAUAUAACAUAUAAUAUAAUAUAUAUAUAUAUAUAAUUAUUAUUUCCAAUUAAGCCCCAACUUAAAUAGAUAAUGUAGUUUAAAGCAAUUGUACUGGACCACAUUCUUUGAUAUUUCUUUAACUCUAUUUUGUGUUUAUUUACUGCCUUUGAGCUUCUGAGUGUUUUUCGAAGUGAACGUUAAGCUGCAGGUUGUUACUUUGAUCCAACGUCAUUUUUAGUUUUGUAUUUCUAUUAUUAUUUAUUCUUGUUGAGGUUCAGUCGACUAAUUGUGAAAAGUUAAUGAGCACUGAAGUUAAUACAUGAAUAACGUUGAAUAAAAAUAAAAAAUAUUUUUUUUAAUUA